AUGAGCAACAACGUCAUGCACACCAACGACUCCGACGCCAAGGCUGCCGCCCUGCAAGCAGAAUUAGAGCAGGUUAACCAACGCAUGGCCGAACUGCGGGAGCAGGCCGCCCGCGAGCAGGCGGAGGCGGAGGAGAGACGCCGGGCUAGGGCGGCAGCCAACCGCGCUCUAAAGGAGCGCCUCGACCAGGAGCGUCGGCAGAUGGAAGAGCUGCAGAGGACGUUGGCCUCACCGCCUCCGACCGCAGUGCAGUCGGCGGCCGCCAGUCCGGAGCGCAGCGCCGCUGCGAUCCGCGCCGGGAUCCCCACCGCACCCACCGCACCCACCGCAGGCACCGCACCCACAGCACCCACCGAGCCAAUUCUUGUCCGGGAGCAAACCCCCACUAUCGAGUCCCGCCCCCCUCGCCAUGUGUCGUUUCUGGCGACCCCGGAGAGGUCCACCCGCAGGGCCAUUACCCAGGCCGGGGCCCUUGUUCCCGCCUCUGCUGGCCCAACCACUCCGACAUCUGCCGUUCUCAGCGCUCUCAGCGCGGUCAGGACCCCUCCCAGCACCUCUGCCGUCCCGACAACGCCCUCACGGGCGGAAUACAAAGAGACCUCUGCGAUCGCAGCGGCGGAGCGCCACGAAAAGGACAUCAUCGAACAGGCGCACCUCAUGGGGCGGUGGCAGAUGUUGAGGGACGAAGUUGUCAUUGAGAUUGGAAGGUCCUACAAUUGCGAUUUGGCCAGAAUGACACCAGAGGUGGAUGCGUUGGAGGCGAAGCUGUUCACCGUGGCGCAAAAGUCACCAUGGAAACAAUCUGAUGUCCGCAAGAAGCGUGGAUUGACGGCGGCAGAGCGCGAGGCGUCGGGGUUGGCGGCGCGCUAUCGCCAAGACCAGGGGGCGCUGGCGACCAUUGGGGCUGCGGCGACGGCGCGGAAUGCUGCUGAUUUCUUCCAGCAGCAGUUGGAGCAAGAAGAAGAGGAGGAAGACAUCGAGGAGGAGGAGGAAUACCCAAGGGGAAGGGGGAAGAAGCCCCGCCGACGCCAGUAG